GGCCGGGAGCGGCGCUGCCGGGCCGGGAGCCUGAGGGGGGCCGGGUUGGCGUCCGGCGGAGCGCGGCGGCGGUGGUGUCCCGCGGGGGGUGAGCCCGCCAUGGAGCCGGUGACCAGGUGGAGCCCGAAGCAAGUGGUGGAUUGGACUAAGGGCCUGGACGAUUGCCUGCAACAGUAUGUCUGUAAAUUUGAACGGGAGAAGAUAAACGGUGAACAGCUGUUACAGAUUUCUCACCAGGACCUUGAAGACAUGGGUAUCUCACGGAUUGGACAUCAGGAACUGGUUCUAGAGGCUGUGGAUCUCCUGUGUGCACUGAACUAUGGCCUUGAAACAGACAAUAUGAAGAACCUGGUUCUCAAGCUACGAGCAUCAUCCAACAAUCUGCAAAACUACAUCAGCAGCCGUAGAAAAAAUUCAAAUUAUGAUGGAAAUACCUCUCGCAAGCCCCCCAAUGAAUUUCUUACUUCUGUGGUAGAGCUUAUUGGUGCUGCUAAAGCCUUGCUUGCGUGGUUGGACAGGACCCCAUUUACAGGUAUUGCUGACUUUUCAUCAAUGAAGAACAGAAUCAUUCAGCUCUGCUUGGAUCUUACUACUACUGUUCAGAAGGACUGCCCUGUGGCUGACAUGGAAGAUAAAGUUCAGACUGUAGCCAAGACUUUAAAUGGCAUUUGUGAUAAAGCCAUCCGAUCGACUACAGAUCCAUUGAUGAGCCAGUGUGCGUGUCUGGAGGAGGUUCAUUUAACCAACAUUAAGCCUGGGGAAGGCCUGGGAAUGUAUAUCAAAUCAACUUAUGAUGGAUUACAUGUAAUUACUGGAACUACAGAAAACUCCCCAGCUGAUCGAUCUCAGAAGAUUCAUGCUGGUGAUGAAGUGAUCCAGGUUAAUCGACAAACUGUGGUUGGAUGGCAACUGAAAAAUCUGGUGGCAAAGUUGCGAGAGAAUCCUGCUGGAGUUAAGCUGCUGCUUAAGAAACGUCCUACUGGCUCUUUCCAUUUCACUCCUGCUCCGCUGAAGAACUUGCGCUGGAAACCACCCUUGGUGCAGACCAGUCUUCUGCCAACUUCAACCCAGUCACCAGAAAGCACCAUGGAUACCUCACUGAAAAAAGAGAAGCCAGCCAUUUUGGAUCUGUACAUACCACCUCCACCAGCUGUUCCAUAUUCUCCUCGAGAUGAAAAGGGGAGUUUUGUAUAUGGAGGAUGCAACAAACCCAGUCAGCUGCUACCUGGGUCCAAGGGUGCUGAGUCUCCGAAUUCUUUUCUGGAUCAGGAAAGUCGAAGACGAAGGUUUACUAUUGCUGAUUCAGAUCAGUUGCCUGGAUAUCCCAUGGAAGCAAAUAUUCUACCAGCCAAGAUGAGGGAAAAAACACAGUCCUAUGGAAAACCUCGUCCUUUGUCAAUGCCUGCUGAUGGGAGCUGGAUAGGAGCUGCAGAACCCUUCUCUAGGCCACGCGCACCAGGGAGAAAAGGUGAAGAUGUCCUCUGCAGGUACUUCAGUAAUGAAAGGAUACCCCCAAUCAUUGAAGAAAGCCCUUCCACACAACACCCCCUCUCAAGGCCAGUGUCUGACAAGCAGUUAGUGAGGGGAACGGAUUAUAUUCGAGGCAGCAGGUGUUUUGUGAAUACAGACCUCCACAACAGUGCAACAAUUCCUUUUCAAGAGGAAGGUGCUAAAAAAUCCUCUGUUACAUCGUCCACAAAAUCUUCCUCGGCAGAGCCCUCACUGCUGGUCAGUUGGAUCACAAGACUGAAAUUGUUGACUCAUUGACUGUUGCUCACAGGACUGUUACGAAGUGCCUUUGCUCAUUGGCCAGACUUCUCUACUUUUCAGCUUAACUGAUAUGUAGUGACUAAUGCAGUGUUCUUUCCUGGAGAAUCUUACAUUUUCCCAUUUUGUUUGUGAUUUGUGAUGGAUCAGAGGGAAGAAAGAUAAAGAUCAAGUUCCUCUUCCUGGACAAAAGCUGAAGGCUUUUCCCCUGGAAAUGUGUAAAAUUUCAGUGAUACGGAGGCCACUCAUGACCUGAUAAUAUGCAUAAUGACUCAGAGGAAAUCAUUGCAUUGCCAUAAAGUCCAGUGGCACUUCAGUUGUCUGAGUGCUCAGAGGCUGGUGUGACUGGCUGAGUGUCAGAGUAUGUAGAGCUCAGCAAAAGUUUUGUUACUCUCCUGACUAGGAAAGGUAAUCAGGGAAACAGCGGUUUCAUGCAACUUAGUGAUGCUGUUGCAAGUACAGAGUGAGAUCAGCCUUGCAAGGAAGUAGUAGUAGUGUUGCCAUUCAUUCUCUGAUAUCCAGAGAUCUUAGGAAGAGUUCUCUUAUUCAGAGAUCUUAGGAAGUUGGACUAAUUUAAUUACAAAUCGAUCCAACCUGAUACAUAAUCCAUUUUAUUGAAAUCACAGUACAAAUAAAGAGUGCUGAACAACUGCAGUGCUCAUCUGUAAAGAUAUAUGGAUUGCUACAAAAUGCCAAGGAAAUGCAUCUGUAGAGGUGGUAAAAGAAUAUAUAUUUUUUCCUUAAUUGUUUAAGAAUGAUUUGCUGUUAACCAAAGUAAGCUUUUAAAGACAGUCCUGUUGGACUUACAAGAACUUUUACAGUGGUUCAGUUUUUGAAUGAUGUGUUGUUUUUAUGAAAAAUACAUGCUAUGAUACAUUACAAUUGUAAGACACCUUGCUAUUUUCUAUAUAGCGCAAAUUUUUCCCCCUUCAGAAUUUUAAAGUAGCAUUGGGUAUUUUGGGAGGAAAAUAAAACUUGUUUAACAAAAGAAGAGGAUAUUAAAGAGGUAUUGUUUAAAAAAAAAUGUAUGUAAGAUUGUUAGUAUACAAAAGUUGUGUUCAAAGUAAUUUAAAUAUUGAAUAUAGUUGUAUAUAUUUUUUACAUUUAAACAGAUAGAAUUUGUACCUUCCUCUCUGGUACCUUGGCACAGAUUAGUCAACUGAAAAGAAAAAGAAAGUCUUUUGUAUUCCCUGCUAAUUAUAAGACUAACUAUUUUCAUAGAUGAUAUGAUGCCAACAGCCUUUACUCCUUUGGUCUUGCUGACAAGAACAAUUUAUAUUUAAUAAAUGGUGAAGGAAAAGGGAGGUUAAAUGCUAGCUUGCACUUUGGACUGGGGCAGGAAUUGUAUGUGAUAACGUGUGUUAAAAACGCCGUAAUUCUGGCCAAUGAUUCUGUUGAAACAAGCUUAUGAAGCUGUGCUACAGCCCAUCAGAGACUGUGUUAAUUCAGUUCUCAAUUAAUUAUGCCUGAUUGUGACUCACUGGUGAUCUAGGUGGGGCCUGGUUUGGAAUUUUCUGAUCAAAGCAGAUUAUAAUAUGUCUGUCUUGUGCCACUCUUCUCCAUUCCCUGACAGCAGUCUGUAACAGAGACGUGGACAAAUACAGCUGCGGUGCAGUUGAACCCUAGACCAGUUUGGUCAUGCCUUUGAGAAGAGGGCUUAAGCUGCCAGGUUGUAGGUACUGUGGUAUAAUACAGUCCAUCCCCAAUUUGACUGAACUGUUUUAAAUUAAAUCACAGUUACUGAA